AGUGGCGCUGACGAAUUAGUUUUGAUAAUUCGCCUAUUCACGCUUUUUACGGCUAGUAAACAAUUGUUUAUUAUUUUCAAAGCAAAUAAUAUUCCUUCAAAAAAUUCAGUGAAACAUGAGUUCCAUCGGCACUGGGUAUGACUUGUCUGCAUCACAAUUUUCACCGGAUGGUCGCGUUUUUCAAGUAGAAUAUGCCCAAAAAGCUGUUGAAAAUGGAGGCACUGUCAUUGGUUUAAAAGGGAAGGAUGGUGUAGUAUUUGCAAUAGAAAAACUUAUUACUUCUAAGCUUUAUGAGCCAGGUGCAAAUAAAAGAAUAUUCAAUAUAGAUCAACACGUUGGUAUGGCAGUUUCUGGCCUUAUUUCUGAUGCAAGACAGAUAGCAGAAACUGCAAGAUCGGAGGCUGCUAGUUACCGUUCUCAAUAUGGUAUAGGCAUUCCUCUGAAGUACUUAAACGAACGUGUUUCUAUGUAUAUGCACGCUUAUACAUUGUAUUCCGCUGUGAGGCCUUAUGGUUGCUCUGUAAUUCUUGGAGCUCAUGAAUCAGAUGGUCCCGCAAUGUAUAUGAUUGAUCCUUCUGGUGUGUCUUACGGUUACUAUGGCUGCGCAGUAGGCAAAGCGAAACAAUCUGCAAAGACUGAAAUUGAGAAAUUAAAGUUAUCUGAUAUGACUUGUAAAGAUUUAGUAAAAGAGGCAGCACGUAUUAUUUAUUUAGUACACGAUGAAUUAAAAGAUAAACAGUUUGAAUUAGAAAUGAGUUGGGUAGGUGCACAUACCAAUGGAAAGCAUGAACGUGUACCAGCAGAUAUAAAAGCAGAAGCAGAGGCUAAGGCGCGACAAGCAAUGGUAGAAGAUUCAGAUAGUGAUACUGAAGAUAUGUAAAUUGAAAAAGAAAUAAUAAUAACACUAAACAUAUUUUAUAUCGUAAGUCAUAAUUUAAACCUUUAAGUAAAAGCUUGAAAAAUGGAAUCGUCAUUGUCAAUGAGGGAGCUGAAUAAAAAUAUCGCCUUGUUUUUAAA